ACUUAACUCAGCGUCCUCGCUCUAAGUUCAGUGUCCGAAGCAACACAAGCAGAUUAGAGCUACUCAUACUUCAUCAAGCUUCGAUCUUGAACCAAAGUUCUAGAUUAAAUUAAAAAAGGCUAUGCAGAUAACUGUGAAAAUACUGAAUGGCCAAGAAGUGCGUCUAGAGGUCUCUGCAAGUGAUCAGAUCUCGCUGGUAAAAAGACAAGUUUCUGAAAAGCUUGAGAUUCCCGUGGUACAACAGAGAUUGAUUUUUAGAGGAAAAACUUUAGCAGACUCUUCCACUUUACGAGAACAUCACAUUGUCGAUGGAAGCAAACUUCACUUAUCCGUGAAGAAACAAACUGAUGGAGCCAGCAGUGGAAAUACUAGUGAAUUUUUUAGAUUACUGAGAGAUUUUCUCCGAGGCCAUUUUAGUGAGCAGGAAUCUGAGCAAGUGAUGCAAAAAUUCAAGGAGGAUUUCAAGACAUGGGUUUGGUCUCUCAGCCUUGAAGACAUUGAGCGAAUGGCAGCUCUUCAUUUGAGAGAGGCCUCUGAUGAACAAUGACCCAGCCUUAACUGCCCCCACCCCCUCCCAUUAUCCCCAGUAGUC